UUCGAAACAGGAAAAGCAGAAAGGUUUCCUUAUAGAGCUUUAGGUGCAUAAAUAGCCUUGAUCAAGAGUAACUUCCAUUCUACAUACAACGUAUUUAUAAAGAAUAUACAUUUUAUUCGAUCAAUGCAAUACCUUUUGCAAUGAAAAAGUGUCGACUCCUUUUGUUCACGCUAUGUUUCUUUGUUGUUGCAAUCAAUGGAAGAGUCCUACCCAAGCCAUUAAAAGAUGAAGAGCAGAAAGAAACUAGUUUCAACAAUUUUCAAACAACGGUUGUACAACUGCAUGAUCAGAAAACAAACCUUAGCUAUUUGAGCCCGUUUGUUACGGAUAUAAACGGCUUGCCAAAUUACGACAACACAAAUAUAAACCAAAGCUCAGGGGAUGGGGCAGAAAGCGGAUCUGCUGCAAAAGAUUGCGGCCAAACAAGAGAUGAUGAAGAUUGCAAGGAGAGUUCCUCAUCUGGACUUGGAGCUGGAUCCAGCGGGAAUGGAUGCGAGGGACCUGCAGUCGGAGAAAAGUGUGUCCAGAGAGGACCAGGAGACAAUAAAUAGUCUUGAGAGACAAUAUUAAAGCCUUGGUGCUCAACUUUCAUUUAUAAGUAUUCGCCAAUCUCAUAAACAUUUGUGAUAUGUAUAUAUAAAUUUUAAGACCAAUUUGAUUUCUUGUGUAUGAACGGUUUUGAAGACCAUAACAGCUUAAGUGACACAGGUUGUCCAUUUAAGUUUUCAUCAUCAUCGUCUUAUGCUGUUAACCUUUAUUGUGAUCAAAUUGUAUUUUAUUUCCCCGUAAAAUUAAUGACAAAAUAUUAGGUAUGUACAUAUGCACAUUUGAAUGUAAUAAAACAGGAACCUUUCAAACAGGAUGUUGCUCAAGUAGUUUGCCUCGCAAUUCAAGGCAACGACUUCCGUCACUUGUUUCACGUUGUUUGAAAUUUGAAUUUUAUUUCAAGGCAUAGAAAAUAGGUGGAAAGUGCUAAAUCUUACUUAAAUAUUGAGAUUAGUUUAAUAAAUAUGACAAGAACCAUCAAACUUUUACUGAUUCUUGUGUGCCUCUUUGGAUAUAUAGAAGGGAAAUCACUCGCGAGGCCUAUUAUGAGGCAUGAGAUUAGCGUAAACAGCAGAACCACUGUUCAUCUUCUAAAGCGAAUUCGGCGAUCUCGAGCACCAGAAAUUGGGAGCGCUGGACUACCAUCGGGGCAUGCAGGACGUCCAAGUAAACCAGGCCGAGGGAUUGUAAGAUGCUGUGACGAAACAAUAGACGACGAAGACUGUAUUUCUGGAUCUGGAUCUGGAUCUGGAUCUGGAUGUGCCGAGUAUUCUGGUUCUGCUUCUGAAAAUGAGGGAAAAGAUCGGGAGGGCAGUGUAAGCGGUUGUGACGGAACAACAGACGACGAAGACUGCAUUUCUAGAACCACUGGUUCCUCAGGUUGCAGAAACAGAGACCAAGAAGGCAGUGCGAGUGGGUGGGAUGGGAUAACAGAUGAUGAAGAUUGUGUGGUCGGGUCAGCGGUGGAACCAUUUUCUGGAUCUGCAUCAGGAAGUGGCGAUGAAGGAGAAAGUAGUGCUAGUAGUGGUGACUGUUACGGAACAACAAGCGACGACGAAGAUUGUAUUCCAGGCGGCUCAACAUCCGGGCCCAUUAGACCUGGUAGCGGCGGUGGAUCCCAAGAAAUUGGGAGCGGAAAGUAGAAAAUAGAAACAAAGACUUGGACAAUUCUUUUAAUAAUCCGACUGCAAACAAGUUUCCGUUGUGGACCUGCAAUUUUCAAAGACUCAUAUAGGCCUACUGUUACCUCAUACUUAUAACAAACGACACAUCAAAAGCUUCAUUGGCUAAUAUCGCAUAUUUCCUAAUCGCACUUUUAGCAAUUAAUUACUCUCUUUUAACGUCGUGAGUAUAUGGUCCUAUGAAUGUAUAAAUGUUCAUUGUUUAUUACUAAAUAGGACGAAAAAUGAGAAUAAAACUGAAACCAUCUUAAUCUGUACAUUUUCAUAUAACAUAACUUUUACUCGUAUAUAAAAUCAUGAAACUAAUACAAUUGACGAAUUGGAAAAA